AUGGCUCGAGCAUCUGCAACAUACAACAAACAGUACAACAGUUGGAGGCUUUCAAAGAGCAAGACACCUAGCACAGGCAGUAGCACCCGGCAGGGUAGCAAUCGAAAACGAGAUCGAGUCCUCGCAGGGAGGAUACAAAAGCAUAGGGGUAUCAGUUCGCCAAUACCUGAAUCGCUCGAGGACUAUGAUGAGGGCUCUAGCAGACUCGACGAGGUGGAGAGGGAGCUAGAGGCGGAUCGCUACGAGGAAAUGAUGCAAGAAAAGGAGCUCUUUCCAGGCAGCGACGCGUGGGCUCCGGACGAGGAGGAGCUGUUUCGGAUCCUUUUCAUGCGGCAAUACAGUCCUCUCCUCCCAUCACACUGGAGCCUCGAUUUUCGAGGCAUUCCCGUGCCAGACAUAUUAUUUGCAACCUCGGAGGUGGAUGAGCCUGUGGUCUAUUCAUACUCUAACCAGGACUUUCGAGACCAGUACCUGACGUGGGCCGCGAGGGACGGCGGCUACGACGGCAUUAGUAUCCUGACUAACAUUUUUGUGGAAAUCGUCGAUGUGAGCAUUAGCGGUGCCGAAAUCGCCACCUACAUGCAGGAGCGGCUUAGGGACCUGGCUCGCUCCCAUCGAAAGCGCUGGAGGAUGCGCGAAAACGGAAUCGAGGAGGAAGGGGAGGAUGAGUUGAUGCUCGAACCGCAGGAUCCUCAAUACGUUGUGCACCCUCCAGUGCUCUAUGGCCUCUUUGUCGUCAACACGACGCUCCUUGUCCUUACGAUAGACUCCACCAAAGGGGAGUUUGCGCAUGUUAGCUACCAGGUAGAGGUCAACUUCAACAAGCGAAAUCAAGGCGUGUGGAAUGCCAUCACGGUGGCAAUUGUAGGAUGCCAGGCUCGGAAUGAUACGAUAUGGAGGAAACAGUACUACAAGGACCUCGCUUAG